AUGUCUCUAGGCGGUUUAGGUGGUAUCUUAGCUGAUGGACCUGAUAGAGGAUUGGGCCCACUGGUAGGGCCUCAGCCUACCACUGUUCCUCAUACAACACCGCUCGCAGCGACACCUCUUUUCAGCCCGGGCCCGAUUCGCACUGCGGCUCCUACGAGAGUCCCCGCUUCUUCACCGACUCUAAUACGUGCUUCGCAUACGUUCACCCCGACGCAACGGCCAUCAUCAUCCACCACGAUAGCGACACCUUCCCAGUCUCUAUCUACAGUCCUCUUCGAGUCGUAUUCCGACGGCCAGAUAAAGACAAUCACGACAUUCAUGCCCGCUUCCACCGAGACUGCAGGGAUACCCGCUGUGGUAAACACGCGGACCAGUGGCAAUAAUGGCCAACCCACGGGAUUCCUGCAGAACAAAUCUCUGUCUGGAUUUGUGUUCUUCAUCCUGGGUGUUACGCUGCUCGCGUUGAUAUCCGUGGUCAUCACGUGUGUGAUGCGGAGGAGACAGCGCAGGAAGCGGAUGGAUGAAGCGAUGGCGUUCGACGCUGCGAGCAUGAUUGUCGAUCCAUACAAUCGCAACCAUACCAAUAGUCCUCGGGAAGAUAUUUUUGGCGAGAGCCUGUCUCGCUCUAGCUCGUCGCGUUCUGGGCGGUCGAAGAAGCAUUUGAGUGAGGAGAGUUACGGAUACGCUGGAUAUGGGACGUAUGCUGGGGGUGAUUAUACUGCCCACGGGGUGCCUACGCUGGCAUAUACGGCGCCGUCCGCUGCUUUCCACCCGCAAUUCCCCCACCCUACCCAUAUCGACCGACAAAGAACGUACGAGCAGAAGGGAUAUUAUUGA